CCCCAAGCCCAAAAAGGCAACACUCCCUCCCAAACAAGGCCAGUCAAACUAACUCUCCAUCAUUCCCAUGGCGUACGCAAAUACUCUCUUCUCUUCUUCUUCGCUCAAUCCAAUCAAUCGAUCUUCGCUUUCUACCUUCGAUUCGACUGCUCAGAUUCCUCCUCACGUUUCCUCCAAUUCCUCAUGGAUCCGCCUCAACUUUCCUUCUCGUGGAAUGGCAAUCAAUCUGUCAAGAAAUAACAAUGAAGCUGAGAAGGUUAUGCUACGUUUUGGUGAGGACUUCUUCAAUUCCCGUUUUUCAAGAAGCAAGAAAGCUAAUGAACGGAGCAUUUGGUGUGCUUCCACUAAUGGUGCAAGUUCUGUAGAUUCAACUUCGUUGAAGUCUGAACUAGAUGAUGAUUAUGUUCCAAUGCCAAUAGUUCUAAUAGAUCAAGAUUCAGAUUCUGAUGCAACGAUUGUACAGCUCAGCUUUGGAGAUCGUCUUGGAGCUCUUUUAGACACAAUAAAGUCCUUGAAAGAUUUGGGACUGGAUGUGUCAAAGGGAACUGUUGUCACUGAAGGAUCAGUCAAACAAACAAAAUUUUUCAUUACGCGAUUAGAUACGGGACGCAAAGUUGAAGAUCCAGAUAUGUUGGAAAGAAUUCGUCUUACCAUCAUCAACAAUCUCUUGAAGUAUCACCCAGAAUCUAGUGAGCAGCUUGCCAUGGGCGAGGCUUUUGGAAUAAAAGCUCCAGAGAAAAAGCUUGAUGUUAACAUUGCAACUCAUGUACAUGUCAAGGAAGAUGGACCUAAAAGAAGCUUGCUUUGUAUUGAGACAGCGGAUCGGCCUGGAUUGCUUGUAGAAAUCAUUAAAAUCAUUGCUGACGUCAAUAUUGAUGUAGAAUCUGCAGAAAUUGAGACAGAAGGUUUGGUAGCCAAAGACAAAUUCCAUGUCAGCUACAGAGGGGCAGCACUGAACAGUUCAUUGUCUCAGGUAUUGGUGAACUGUCUUCGUUACUAUCUUCGAAGACCAGAAACAGAUAUAGAUAGUUACUAAUACUUCGGAGGAACUGCUUCAAAGUUGUAAACUCAAUGUAAUGGUUCUUGUACCAAACCAUCUAUGAGCUGAAAGUCACCUGUUUAACAUGUAUGUUCCUAGGUUCUGAGUUCUCCGUCUUUGUUUUCUUGAUAAAUCUACGUACCGUGAAUUCGAUGUCCUUAAGUGCCCUCUGGAAUAAUUUUUGAGCAAUGGCCAACUCUUGGACGUUUAUCCUAGACCAAAAAACAUGUCAAAUUGAGCAACUUGCUUAUAUAUGGAUGAGUUGUUAUGUUUCA